AUGUCUGCCUCAUCAUCGGAUUUGCACAAUAUUGCACCAACUACAAAGAUUGCUGAUCAGAAACGAUUAUUGAUUGGUAAUUGUAUUGAUGUUAUUGCUGUCAAGUCGAGGGAUGAAUCAUGCUCUGUGAAAACAACACCAUUCUUUGUUAGAUUUCCAAAGAAAUCAACAGUCAAUCAAUCUGUACAAGUAUUUGUUAAAUCUUAUGAUGCCAAGACUGAUUUAACUGCUGAACAUUAUAGAUCAAGCACAAAGAGAGGACAGGAAACUUUGAUUGCUACCAUGACUAUUGAAAGUGGAUUCAAAAUUCCCUUCUUUGACCAAAAAGUAUUUGGUGGAAAGAUUAGCGACAUGAUGAAGGAAAUGAAAAAGGAAACUAAAGAAUUGAGUAAGGAUUUGGGUGAUGAACUUAAACCUGUGGAAGAUGAUUUGAAAGAACAAGAAAAGAUUCAAAGGUGGGAACAGCAAAUUGCAGAACAUGCUGAUCAGGAUAUUGAAAGUGAGGACUUGGAUCAUGAUGCUCCACAAUUGAAUAUUGCAUCAAUUCUUGAAGAGGUAAAGAAGGAGAAUGGAUUGAAUUCAUCACCAAUUGAGGGCGAAGAAUUUGAAUAUUUCCAACAUGCCACCCAAGAGGAAAUGAAUGAAUUUUACAAACAUUACAAUUCCUUGAAAACACCAAAGGAAAAAAUCAAAUACCUGAAAGAAAUGACAAAGAAGAGACGUGAUGAAAAGCAGGAAGAAGAGGAAAAGCUGAAAAAGAGAGACAUGCUUAAACACUUUGCUGGAGAGAUGGCCCUCUCUAUGGGAUUUGGAAGUUUCUCUGACUCUACAACUCCAAGCAUUCACACUAGUUCUACCAACAGUAUGCAUCAUGAUAUUUCCUCACCUGUAACACCAGUUUCUGACGAUGAAAGCUCUUCUCCAUCAACAUUGACUCCAGAAACACCAACACAAAAGAAGGGAUUGAAACACCGUUUAUCCAGUUUCAAACAAAAACUCAAAAAAUCUAACACUCCAUCCACACCAAGUGAAACCAAUGAGGAAAAGUCUUCUAGAAGAGAACGACUCAAGAAGAAGGUUUUGAAGAAUAUUCACGAUGAAUUGCUCUACCCACACGAAUGGUUUAUUCCAGCCGGAAGUCACUUGAAAGCUAUCGAAACUGAAUUGAACAAGUUCUAUGAAAAGGGUGAAACCAAGUUGACUUUGAUUUUCAAAACCAAGGUGUUAGAACAACAAUUACCUGAAUUUUCAAUGUUUGGCAGCAAUAUUGCCAAGGUUGCAGGUGCCAAGCAAAAGGAAAGCAGUGGUACCAAUAAGGAACAACUUGCUCUCGGAAGACUCUACUUGUGGAAAGAUACUGACAAGAUUAUCGUUUCGGACAUUGACGGCACUAUUACAAAAUCUGAUUUGGGAGGUCAUGUUGCUUGUAGAAUUGGAAAGGACUAUGUACACAAGGAUAUCACUGAAGCAUACUCUGAAAUUCAUCAAGCUGGUUACAAGAUGCUCUACUUGACAGCUCGUCCAAUUACAAUGUCUUCCAGCACUAGAUUUUUCAUUGAAAGAUUGCAACAAAAAUACUCCAAGAAUGGAAAGUCAGUGGAUUUACCUGAGGGUGCUGUAUUUACUGCUUACAAUUCAGGAGGAAAUGCUCUUGUGAGAGAAAUUGUGUUAAAGAGACCAGAUACAUUCAAGAUUUACAUGUUGGACAUUGUGUUAAAGACCUUUGUACCAGGGCUUUUGUCAACUACCACAGAACAACGUCAUGAAGCUCUAAAGAAGGUCACUCCAUUCUAUUCUGGAUUUGGUAAUAGAGCUACUGAUGAUGUUGCCAUGUCACAAUUAGGAAUUGCUCCAGAAAGAAUUUUUAGAAUUAAUCCUGCAGGAAAAAUUGUAAUUUAUGCAACUGGUCAAUCAUACCAAUUCCACACUGAACUCAUUCCUCACCUUGGAUCCAUUUUCCCAAAGCUUAAGAAGUAA